AUGAGCACUAACGGUUCGCCGCUUCGAGCGACAGAGAUUGGUGUAAAGCGAAGUCGAAAAGCGACUGAACCUCAGCAUCUUUCUUCUUUUUGCAUCUCUUCUUCCGACGAAGCUAUGAACCCAGCAGCAAACCCUUUGUCCACCGCUGAUGCCCCGGCAGUGGGAGAUCAGACAAUGAAUAUCUUGAAUCUAGCAGGUGCAAUUGCAAUGAAUAGCCUAUUGGCUAUGAACCAACAAUCCGCAAUUGGUAGCUUUCCUGCUGCGGCCCAGCUGGCUGCGCAAAAUCCUCUCCUUGCCAAUGCAGCAAAAAUGAUGUUGAGUAUGAAUUUGAUGAAUGCUGCCGUCUCUGGUAAUACCGAUCGUCCUUCCGCCUCGAAUCCAACUGCGGAGCUGCUUUCACUGAUUACCUCGCAACCUGAGACUACCGCGCAUUCUGUUGCAAAUCUGCAGCAAGCAAUGCUCAUUCAACAGUACGCCGCACUGGCUCGAGGGCAGCUUUCUGCAGUCAAUCCGCAGCUGGCUGCGCUUCAGAUGUUGAAACAGCGAACGGCCGACAAUGGGACUAGUCAGCCAAAUGAUCGAAAACGCUCUUAUCCAUCUGCGGAAUUGCCGAGCCAUAUUGAAGAAAUGAGAAAACGCGUCUUCUCUGACACCAGCGCGCCCAACAUCCAGCGCAAGUCUGAGAACGUUUCCAUUUCUCAAAUACCCUUUUCUAAAGAUGAUAUGGAAAGGUGUUUGGAGAGGAUUCUCAACGAAGAGAUCUACAAUAUAUAUGAGGAUGAUGUGAAACCAGAGGUGAAAAGUGAGUCAAUGAGGUCUUUUUCAACGGAUGUUGAUAGCAAAGAGACUGGUUGUAGUAGUAGCGGCAGCUCUUCUCCAAUUGAGCGCAAACUUUCCAUAGAUGAAAUCUUAGACAUCAUCGCCAGUAGACCACAAGGCAAAGACGAGAGUGGAAUUGCUUCGGCUGGAUCG